CACACUGCUACUAUCCUUCUUCAUCCUACCCGUGAAACUUCAAAUAUCUGCUCGCUAACAACCACCACCACCACCACCACAAACAGUGCCUUUAGACAGUGUCUAACCCACAACCAUUCCAAGGGAAUGAGGAUAGCGACACUUCAAUUCGCCCCACAAUUAGGCGAUGUCAAGGGUAAUAUAAAGAGAGCCGAUGAAUUACUGAAGAAUGGGAAGGUGGUGCGAGGUGUCGGUACGGGGGCGGUUGGCCUGGACAUUUUGAAGCCAGACAUUCUGAUUCUGCCCGAGCUGGCCUUGACGGGAUACAACUUCCCCUCCCUGGAGGCCAUCAAGCCGUAUCUGGAACCGGCAGGAGAAGGUCCCUCGGCCGACUGGGCGCGGCAGACCGCCCGGCGCCUACAGUGCAAAGUCUGCGUGGGGUAUCCUGAGAUCUACACGGAGACGGCGACCCGGGAAGGAGAGGACUCAAGUAGUCAGCACGAGACUUAUUACAAUUCUCUCCUUGUGGUCGAUGAGAAUGGUCGGGACAUUCUCAACUACCGUAAAUCCUUUCUCUACUACACUGACGAAACCUGGGCAUCAGAAGGUAGCGUGGAACGUGGCUUUGAGAAUCUGAUAUUCCGGAAAGGGGAUCAACACUCCCACGAGUCACACAUAGCCACCUCUUUCGGGAUCUGUAUGGACAUCAACCCGUACAAGUUUGAGGCCCCGUUCACGGCAUGGGAGUUUGCCAAUCGAGUCAUGGACUCGAAGUCUCAGCUGGUCAUUCUGUCCAUGGCUUGGCUAUCUUCCUUGGGUCGGGAGGAGCUGGACCUCCUCGCGGAUGAGCCUGAUCUAGAUACGUUCAAUUACUGGAUCCAGCGGUUCUUGCCACUCAUCACGAAAAGAAUGAGUCAUGAAGUUAAUUUGAACGAGGAUGGCUCUGAUCGAAGCAAGGAUAUCGUUAUCGUCUUUGCCAACCGAGCGGGAGAGGAGCCAGGAGCAGCGGGGGCGAACCCGGUGCAUUAUGCCGGUACCAGUACCAUCAUCGCCAUCUCACAAAGACCCAAGACUCUUCCCGUGUCAGGAGCUACUUCUUCAGAUAAUCUGAGCAGUUCCAAAGCACAGACGGACGCGGAGGAUGACGGAGAAAGCCAAUUUGACGUCAAAAUCCUUUGUUGGGACAUGAUGGGCGCAACAACGGAAGGGAUAUGUUUUGCUGAUACUGCGGCAGACCCAACCAUGGUUUUUGCGUUAGCAAAGCGAUCGUCGAGCUAAGGGUGCGACUCAGCAAGAGGUCGGCUUUCUCUAAUGUGGGUUGGCUGGGUUGCAGCAGGGCGCUGUUAAGUUACGACCCAUGCCGGGCGUUGCAGGCUAGUAUCUCGUUACCUACCGUCUGCAUCCCGUGGUUGGAGUGAUAUC